UUGUUUCAGUAAGAAGAUGACACACGGUGGAGAGAAAUAAAGAAGAAUUUGAUGCUUUAAAUUAUUCUUGGCUUUUUUAUAUUUUAAUGGCUUGUUUUCAUGGACACUGCUGGAGAAGAUUCUAACGCUCUUUUUUGCUGUAUUUUCGGGUGAUUAUACCACUAAAAGCUAACAGGACUGAGCUGUGGACCCCCACUGCUUUUCAAAAAACAGAAUCUCCAGGAAGUCAGCUGAGGGAUUGUUUGCAAAGUCAACGCUCUGUCUUGUGGAUACUGGAUUGCACACAUUCAACAAGCUGACAAUGCCUGUGAUUGUUUUGGAAGCCCGAGACUUCACCAGUCCACUGUUUUUGGUGCGAACAUUGGAAGUCUUCUCUAGCUGCACAGCCUUCAGUCUUGUGGCCUCUUUGGAACAUAAAAGCUCAAACAGCUCAUCUGAUCCUUUGUCGGACACAUUCAGGAUCUUCUGUAUGUUUACCUGGUGUUUCUUCUUUGUGAUCACCCUCCUCAUACACAUUAUCAGCAUCAUCCAGUUCCACAGCCUCAUCCCAAUAUCCUGGAAGAACCUGACCAUGACUGUGGCACUGUUGGGGGUGUUGAUGAGUCUCAGCUCCACUGUGGUGUUUCCCUGGAUAGUCAUGGAUCAUGGAACUGUGUCUCCACGUGCUUUGGCUGCUACAGUGGCUUCUGGUCUCACCUUUGUGGCCUAUGCCGCCGAGUCUUGUGUUCUUCGCACUCAAGCGCAUGAACAAAGAGGCUACAUAAGCAGCUUGCCUGGUUUCCUUAAGAUUAUCCAACUUUGGGGGGGGUUGAAGAUGAUCCCUCUCAUGGUGAUAAUCUCCAAUUUGACGACUGGAAUACUUUGGCAAUUUUGGAUAUCUUGCGUCUCAUAUGGAACUUGCAUCUUCAUAUCACUCGUCAUCCUGGUGGUGAUACUGGGUGACUUUGCUGGGCGAUGCCUCCUGCCUUUUGACAGAUUUUUGGCUGCCUUCAGUCUGAUCGGGGUGCUACUCUACAUGUUGGCCACAGUUAUUUGUUUGACCAAGAUACUGCAGAUGGGUGAGACGGAAUCCAACCCAAAUAAUCUCAAUGUGGUCAUCAUGGAAACCUUGGUUUCCAGUGUCACACUGUUAGCUUACACGGUGGACCUUGCCUUCUCCAUCAAACUGUUAUGUGACAGGAGUCACAUAUGAAGCUGGUGGUGAUGUUUAUGACUGAUUUUUGCUACAAAACCUUAACAGAAAAGCAAUCGAAGUGAUUCAAGUUUUGCUCUUAAUCAUCGCUGUCAUGUCUAACUGUCUUUCUAACUCAGGUCAUGAUUGUGGUUGGUGUGCCACCACUGCUGGUAUUUUGGGUUCCUCACCUGGUUCUCAUGAGACAUGCUAGUAUCAACAAUUUACAAGUUAAAAACUAUGGGCUGAUUAAGUGCUUUUAUUGUUACUGGAACUGGUUGCUGAACCAGCAUUUAUUUUGUCAAAGUUUUCAUCAAUGAUCUUUCUGUCCUUAGAAAAAGAAAAACAGGACAUAAAUAAUCAAAUACUCCCAAAGUAUGACUAACUGCAACAAUUAUGAUUUUUAGGUAAUUAAUAGGAAUAAGAUUAAAAUCUAACUUCUGACACUGCCAAACGUGGGAAAAAUACUGGAAAUGUAUCUAGGGGGAAAAAAAUCAUCUUCUUCGUAUUUUAGUCAACAAAAUUUCAGUAAAUUUCCUCUUCCUAGGAAAAAAAAAACUUCACUAAGUAAAAAUUAAUCUGCCAAAAGAAAUUAAAAGGUAAUGUAAAUUCUACUGCAAAGUCAAAUUUGCAGUAAAGGCAUAGUCACUGCAUAAAACUGCCUUUUUCUCAGCUGAGUCCUCCCACCAAACAUGUGCUAAUGAUAUACAGAAGAUGUGUAUUUUAUGAUGAAAGAACUGAAAAUAAUUUAAAAAGGCCAAACACUGAAUUCAGAGUUGUCCUGUUGUACUAAAGUUUUCACUAUCUUCUGAGAGAUUUCUGAUUAAUUCUAACAUUGGUGUGGUUUCUCAACCAUUUCAUCACACUGAACACUUCUCCAAAGUCAGCUAAGGCCAGUCUGGCUUACCAAGUAGUAAUUAGCUUUGUAUUAUAAUUGUACAUUAUCAAUUUUGGUUUGAUCGAGCUCUUAAAGAUGUCCAAGAUUGGUGUUUUCUAAGGUGUAAUGAAAAACUUGAGAACUAAACCACUGAACUAACUUGUAGAGUUUCACUAAGCGCUAUAAAAGGGAUUGGUUUUAUUGUUCUAAAACAAAUAUGUGUCAUGCUGCCUUAAAUUGAAACUGACAGUGGAAAUGUAUUACUUGAGUGUAGUUACCAUCAAAAACCACUAGAUGGCAAGAAAACAGCAUGAUUUCAUAUCUGUUUAAGAUUCAUUUGAACAUGUUGAAUGUCGUUCACAUCAAAAUCAUUGUUUAUCAUAUAAGAUUUCUGAUCAAUAAAUCCUCAAACUUUAA